AGGUUACUUUUACCUUCAGUUUGUUUCCCCAAGCAUGGUUCUUAUACUUAUGUUUUAGUGCUGAGGUUUGUUUUUAUUUUAUACAAGUUAUUGGCCUUAACAUUAUUUAUGUUUUUUUCGAAUCGAGGCGGAUUUUUCAUAUAAAUACCAAAAGCGAAGGUACAAUGAAUAAAUCAACAGAGGAAAAUAUAUCAGAAGCUGUUUUAAAACAGUUCGAAAACAAUGUCAACAAGUGGACCCUGGAUUUGAUGGAUCAGGAAAAAGACUUUAUUAACAAAGCCACACAGAUUAACGAAUGGGACAAGAUAAUAAAGAAAAACGGCAAUUCCCUCAACGCCAUGUGUCAGACGAUAAAGAAUGUCAUGAUAUGUCAAAAGCAAAUAAUCUGCGAUCUGGACUUUAUCAAGUCUCAACAGGCUGAGCUGGAGAAGGUGGUCGUCUCGAUGGAGAGCGACCCGAACAGGCUGCAGACGAACAGGAACGAGGACCAAAGGAGGCAGUUGUACGAGCUUGCAGAGUCGAUCGACACCAACAUGAAACGGCUAAGCGAAGAUCUCAAAGAGGUGAUUGAGACGAUCAAUGAGAAUGUGAUGGGCGGCUACAACCCCAAUGACCCCAUUCUUCAAAUCGGCAGGAUUCUAAAUGCUAAUGUCAAUUCCCUCAAAUGGAUUGAUGAUUAUUCUAAUAAAAUUAAGCAUACUUUUGAAAAAGUGGCUAAAGAACAGGAAGAAAAAGUCAAAGAAGAAGAACUCAAAACUUCAAAAUCUCAAUAAUUUUUUUAUUUUAUAUAUUUGCUACUAAUACCUGCUGUCAUUAUUUACAUACCUUGUAAAUACAAUUUUUUUCUAAAUUGCAAAAAUUGAGAAUAGAAUCAACAAUUUUAUAACAAUA